UACGCGAAAGUCGACUCGAUAGUCGGCCAUGUUAUUGUGAGAUCCGGGAUUUCCAGACCAAAAUAAACGCAAUUGUCAAAUUUAGAAAAGCAAAGUAAUGGUAUUUUAUUUCAGUUUGAACGAUAAAGCAUACUGUUUUUAUCAUAUAUGAUGUCAUGACACCCGGGGAAGGUGUAAAAUAGAAAAGGCUCACAUAUUCUGUUCAAGGAGAAAAUUUUGGUCACACGACCAUGACCAUUGUAAUGAAAGGGGGACAGUCAGGGGGAGAUGCCCCUCAAGAUGCUCCACCUCACCAAGGAACAACUCAGGUUCCCCCGUCAACUCCCCAGAACAAUACCGGACCCCCAGCUAGUGGAUCUGUAGUGAUGACUGAUGAAGUGGCUCCAGCAGAUGUGUCCAUUGAUCUAGUGGAACUGAAAGAUGACCAGGAGCCUGACUUCCCCAUGGUGGAGUUGGGGAGACUGGAUGAAAUGAUUAACCGGCCUAGAUGGGUGGUUCCUGUUCUGCCUAAUGGAGAACUAGAAGUUCUUUUGGAAGCUGCCAUCAAGCUCUGUAAAGAAGGACUCGAUACAAAAAGUGAACCUUGUCAGAGGUUCUUCAGGGAGGGACUGACUGUAUCAUUUACUAAAAUAAUGACAGAUGAAGCAGUUAGUGGUUGGAAGUACGAAAUCCAUCGAUGCAUUUUGAAAAAUGCAGAAAAGUUGAUUGAGUUAGUGGUAGCCAAACUGUCCCAGGACUGGUUCCCACUGUUGGAGUUGUUAGCCAUGGUUCUGAAUCCACAUUGCAAGUUUCAUAUCUAUAAUGGAAGUCGUACCUCAGAAAGUAUACAGGCUGGUACUGAGAACUCAGAGGAAUUGUUUGCUCGUCCUCCUGAUCCGAGAAAUCCGAAAGGAUGGCUGGUAGACUUGGUGAAUCAUUUUGGGAAGUUAGGUGGAUUUCAGAUUCUGCAGGAAAGAUUCAAAAGUGGUCAACUCUCUGUGCCAGUAGUAGCAGCCCUGAUCAAACCUUUUGGUCAGUGUGCUGAAGUCCUCACACCCCAGACAGUUGAACAGUACUUCUUGCCUAUUGUUGAUAUUGUUCCCAAAUUUCUAAAUGAGUUAACAGAUGAGGAAUUAAAAAAGGAAUCCAAAAAUGAAGCAAAGAAUGAUGCUUUGUCAUCCAUUAUCAAAGGACUGAAGCAGCUGGUGAACAAGCUACCAAAUCAGGAAGAUACAAUAAAAACUUUAGAGGGUUUUAGGCUCAAAAUGAUCCUUAGGUUGUUGCAAAUAUCUUCUUUCAAUGGAAAAAUGAAUGCAUUGAACGAAGUGAACAAAGUCAUAUCCAACGUCUCAUUCCAGUCCAGUCGACACUCUCAAAUGGAAGAAGAUGAGUGGCUCACAGCAGACAAAAUGGCCGAAUGGAUCCAAAAGAACGGUGUGCUAACAAUUGUUUUACGAGACAGCCUCCACCAGCCCCAGUACGUGGAGAAGCUGGAAAAGAUACUGCGAUUUAUGAUCAAGGAAAAAGCCCUGACCUCUGACGACCUGGACAAGCUGUGGGAGGCCCAGUCGGGGAAACAUGAUGCCAUUGUGAAGAAUGUGCAUGACCUGUUGGCAAAACUAGCCUGGGAUUUCUCACCGGAACAGCUGGACCAUUUAUUUGAGUGUUUCCAGGUAAGCUGGACUCAUGCAUCAAAGAAGCAAAGAGAAAAAUUGUUGGAGCUCAUUCGACGAUUGGCUGAAGACGACAAAGAAGGUGUAAUGGCACACAAGGUCCUAGGAUUACUGUGGAACCUAGCACACAGUGAGGAUGUUCCUACAGAGAUCAUGGAUCAGGCAUUGACAGCCCACAUCAAGAUCCUAGACUACAGCUGCUCACAGGAUAGAGAUGCCCAAAAGAUGACUUGGAUUACCAAAUUUGUUGAGGAAUUAAAAAAUGACAAAUGGGUGUUGCCAGCUUUGAAGCAGAUUCGGGAAAUCUGUCAGCUUUUUCCUGAGUCUCCACAAAAUUUUCCCCAUGCUCCACAGAGGGCCUCUCAUGUUUACUAUCGUAACACGGUGAUAGCACAGCUCCAGAGUAACCACUCCAUAGUGAUGUUAGUGGCCACCAAUCUGUCCAACUACAUGAAGAAAGCUCGCGAACUAGCACGAGAGCAUCCAGAUUUAGAUUCUAGUAAUAUUCUACCCGAUGGAAGAUUUAAUCAUAUACAACAAAUACAAGAACGUCUUAGGUUUUUAAGGUUUUUACUAAAAGAUGGUCAGCUGUGGUUGUGUGAAUCUCAAGCCAGACAGAUUUGGCAGUGUUUAGCAGAGAGUGCAAUUUAUUCUUCAGAUAGAGAGUCUUGUUUUAAAUGGUUUGCUAAGCUCAUGGGAGAGGAGCCAGAUUUGGAUCCAGAAAUAACAAAAGAUUUCUUUGAACAAAAUAUUCUACAACUUGAUCCAAGUCUGCUUACUGAGAAUGGAAUGAAUUGCUUUGAGAGAUUCUUUAAACAUGUUAAUCAAAAAGAGAACAAAAUCAUUGCUAAGAGGCGAGGAGGCCACCUAAUGGAUGACCUUGAACUCAUUGGAAUGGAUUACUUGUGGAGGGUUGUGUUAUUAAGCCCAGAUGAAGUAGCAAAUAAAGCAAUUAUUUUACUGAAAGACAUUUACACAAACCUUGGACCACGCUUACAACAAAAUCAGGUGGAGAUUCAUGACGAUUUCAUCCAGUCGUGUGUGGACCGGCUGAGGGCACUGUAUGACACAGUGUGUGUGCUGGAGAAGGACAAGGACAGCACAAAUCGUGUGAUGCAGGAGACGACCAGGAUGGUGCGCGUGCUGACCGUGCUCAGAGAGUAUGUGGCCGAGUGUGAUGAGGCCUACACGGAGGAGCGAUCUAUUCUCCCACUCAGCAGAGCAUGUAGAGGGAAAUUAGUAACCUUAAUAGUUAGAUUUCCUAGUCAAGGCCGACAGAUGGAUGAUAUAGACAUCUGGUCUCAUACUAAUGAUACAAUAGGACAAGUGCGAAGACAAGUUCUGUGUAAGAUUAAAGCUAGUAGUAAUAUAAAAGUGGACUUGUAUGCUAAUGGAGAACUACUUGAUCCUGUGGAGGACAAAAGACUCAUAUCUCAAAUACCAUUACGGGAAAAAUCGUUAAUAACGGCCAAGUUGAUACAGGUGGGGAGUAAUAUGCCUUCUAGUCCAGACAGCAGUUCAGAUAGCUCAGCAGGAUCACCUCACCACACAUUUGAUGGUCCUAACAUAGAGGCUGAAAGCUGUUUACCUGGGGUGAUAAUAUCCAACAACAACCGGUACACUCAGUUCUUGUUCCAACUGUCAGACUUGGGCUGUCAGCUACAGGUGGCUCGACUCAGGGACACGGCCAGGGCGGUCCUCAAACUCAUGCCAGCAGAUGUCCAUACGAUAGAUCAAUUAAAGACAAUAUGUGCUGAGCAUAGCAGAGGAGACACUACAUACUCUAAUGACUUAGAGGCAAUGUUUUUUACCCCUUCUGCAACACAAGCUCUGUAUAAUAUAGAGGUUGCAUAUAGUCUACUCAUGCCUGCAGUAGAAACAACGUCAGAUGAAGCGUUUGAAUUCCAGUUUAACUUUGUUAAGAGUGGAGGUGUUCCAAUAGCCAUGAACAUGUUGACCAAGAACAACUUUCUCCCCUCAGCGGAUUUACCAACUAGAAGGGCUGCCUACAUUACUGUGAUGAAGAUCUGUAAGCUGAUGUUGACCACAGUCAGUCAUGCCAAGUUCCAAGUGGUGGUGGAAGCUUGCAGUGCGGAUCCUCAGUCUCCAAAUAUCACUCAGGCGGAACACAGUCACGCCUUGAUCCUACAGCAGGCCCUGCAGUUCAUCCCCAACCCUGGGGCAGAGGUCAUGACACGAACCGUGGGACUGAGGCUCGGACAACAGUUACUGGACCAGGCGGCCAAGUUUGUGCCCGACAUGUCUGUGAUAAAGGCCAUACAGAGAAUAGCCUGGGCAUCAAGCAGCAGCUCUCUCCAUCUAGUGCAUGCCACCAAUGAGGAAAUCCACAAAGCUCUCGAGAAGAGGCAGGACCAUGUGGAGAUGGAGGAUCUAACGGUGGCCAGGGAAUCCCUGGAGGUCCUGACUGUUUGUCUGAUGCUGUGUCCCCCCGCCCUAGACGCCCUCAACAAAGACAAGUCCUGGCAGACAUUCAUCAAAGACCUGCUACUGCACUGUAAAAACAGGCCAGUAAGAGUAGCAGCGUCGGAACAGUUCUAUCUGAUGGCCACUCGGUGUUGUGGGGGAACCCGCCCUAUGGUCUUCUUUAUUACUCUGCUCUUCUGUGAACUCAGUGAAGCUGUGAAGGAGAAUGCAAAGCAAGCCCAUGAAUACUUUAAUUUACUAUGGAAAUUACUGAAUUAUGCGUCAGCAGCUGAAGUGAAGCUACCAAAUGCAGAGAAGCAAUUGAAUAAUGAAAUACAGUGGAUAAAGAAAACCAAGGAUUUGGUGAUCAACUCUGGGGAAGCCAUUGUUGAGGAUGCUCUGUUAGAGGGACAUUUAGGAAUCACCCGUGAACUGUUAGCAUUCCAGUCACCUGAAAAGAAGUACAACAUUGGUUCAGAGAAAGGAGGGUCAAACCUCAUUAGGGAACUGGUUGAAGAUUUUCUUUUCCCUGCCUCGAAAAUUGUCCUACAGAGCAGAAAGACUGGUGGAGAUUUCCCAUUGGUUACUGCAGUGCCAGUAUGUGCCACGCCCCCAACUGUGAUAGCAGCCUUUGAUCUUCUGGUGGCCCUCUGUACAAAUUGUGUGCCAAACUUAAAAUGUCUAGCACACAUGCUUUUAGAAAUGUUUUAUCAUGGUGAGCCACCAUUGACAGAAUGGGAAUAUCUGCCCCCUGUAGGUCCGAGACCUCUGAAAGGUUUUGUGGGCCUAAAGAAUGCAGGGGCUACUUGUUAUAUGAACUCAGUUCUACAACAGCUUUUCAUGAUUGAGGAAAUUCGUAGUGGAAUUUUGUCAGUAGAGGGCGUGGCUGAGGAUGUGAUUGAUGAGGAGUAUGGAGAGGAAAAAACCGAGAACGAGGCCAAUGCUGACAUGGGUGAGGAGGAGAGGAAGGAUGAGGAGAAACCAGUGGUCAUCAACCGAGAUGAGGAGCGGAAGGAAUACAAUUUGGGGGUCCUCAAGAGGAUCCAGCUCAUCUUCGGCCAUUUAGCUGCCAGUAAACUACAGUACUAUGUGCCAAAGGGGUUCUGGAAACAUUUCAAGUUAUGGGGUGAGCCUGUUAAUCUACGGGAGCAGCAUGAUGCAUUAGAGUUCUUCAACAGCUUGGUAGAUAGUUUAGAUGAAGCCUUGAAAGCCCUGGGACAACCACCUGUUUUGUCGAAAGUCAUGGGUGGGUCUUUUGCUGAUCAGAAAAUCUGUAAAGAUUGUCCUCACAGAUACCAAAGAGAGGAGCCGUUCACCACACUCAAUGUAGACAUCCGCAAUCACCAGAACCUCCUGGAGUCUCUGGAGCAGUACGUGAAGGGAGACUUGUUGGAGGCUGCCAAUGCUUACCAUUGUGAAAAGUGCAACAAAAAGGUGGACACAGUGAAACGAUUAGUCAUCAAGAAACUACCCAAAGUUUUAGCAAUUCAGCUCAAGAGAUUUGAUUAUGACUGGGAAAGAGAAAGUGCAAUAAAGUUCAAUGACUAUUUUGAAUUUCCAAGAGAAUUUGACAUGGAACCUUACACUGUACAAGGACUUGCAAAAAUUGAAGGCGAGAUCAUUGAUGAUGACAUAGAGAACAAAGAACAGAGCACCAAGUACAAGCUGUUUGGGGUGGUGGUACACAGUGGCCAGGCCAGUGGGGGGCACUACUACUCCUAUAUCCUCCACAGGGGUGAGGAUAAUCAGCCCAAAUGGUACAAGUUUGAUGAUGGUGAUGUAUCCGAGUGUAAGAUGGAGGACGAUGAGGAAAUGAAGAAUCAGUGUUUUGGAGGUGAAUACUUGGGCGAGGUGUUUGAUCACAUGCUUAAAAGAAUGGCCUACAGGAGACAGAAAAGAUGGUGGAAUGCAUAUAUUCUGUUCUAUGAACGACAGGAUGAAAAAGAUGAGAAAGAUAUCUACAAAACCCUUCAGGACUUAACAAUAGUGAAUAAGCCAUCCCAAAUUAAGAUGCCAAAUUGUAUAGAAAAAUGUGUACGAAAGCAAAAUAUUAUGUUCAUGCAUGAGAGGAGUCAAUUCUGCCCAGAGUACUUUCAGUUUAUGAAAAAAUUACUCAACUGUAACCCAGUGUUUACUCACGGACCCCAAGAGAAAGUUACACAAGACAUGGAGAACCUUGCAAUGAUCAGCACAGAACUAGCCUCCAAGUUUCUGUUUAGUGUAGGAUUCCACACCAAGAAGGCACUGAGGGGUGCAGCCAAUGACUGGUACGAGGCGCUGAACUGUCACUUAAGGUCAAGCAAGAAAGUCAGGAACUGGUUUGCUCACAAUGUGUUCUUCUCGCACACAAACAGAUUUGCCGAGUAUUUACUGGAGUGUCCAUCUUCUGAGGUGCGGAAUGCCUUUUCUAAGAUCAUAGUGUGUCUGGCUCACUUUGCACUGAAGGAUGGUCCGUGUCCCCCACCACUGGUCCAGGGUCUGUAUGGUCCGGGACAGCAGGCGGACCCGAGUGCCACCCUGAGUGACCACCUCCUGCUGGCAGUUCUACAGUUACUGAGGAAGGAAGUGUCAGACCACGGGCGCCACCUACAGCAGUACUUCCACCUCUUCCUGAUGUACUCCAACCUAGGCGAACAAGAGAAAAUGCAGUUAUUAAAACUGAAUGUUCCCUCCCUGUUCAUGCUGGUGGCCCUGGAUGAGGGACCGGGGCCUCCAAUCAAGUAUCAGUACGCUGAGCUGAACCGUCUCUACUCUGUUGUCUCUGUUCUGGUGCGAUGCUGUGAUGUUUCCUCCCGAUGUCUUUCAUCUAAUCAAGGGGACCCUCCCAAACCUAACCCCUAUGGUGAUACCUCCAUCAGUCAGCCCCUGAUGCCCCUCCAAGCACAGGUGGGAGACCUGUUGUAUGGCAAGACAGGGUACGUCAAGAAACUGAUAGAGGACUGUAACAACUCGGAGGACACCUGUAAACUACUAAGGUUCUGUAGUUGGGAGAAUCCCCAUUUCUCCUCCACAGUCCUCAGUGAGCUGUUGUGGCAGGUGGCUUAUUCAUACACGUACGAGUUACGGCCGUACUUAGACCUGUUACUACAAAUGCUGCUGUUGGAGGACUCAUGGCAGAAUCACAGAAUUCAUAAUGCUCUUAAAGUAAAUCCUGACUGUGUGUUAAUUUUAGGGAUACCGGAUGACAGGGAUGGCUUGUUUGACACCAUACAGAGAUCUAAGAACCACUACCAGAAGAGAGCCUACCAGUGCAUCAAAAUGAUGGUCUCCUUAUUCACACUUUGUGCCCCUGCUGCAGAGAUGUUGCAGAGCAAUGGUGACGUCAAAAGGAAGUGGUCUUGGGCGGUAGAGUGGUUAAACGAUGAGCUGGAGCGACGUCCAUACCCAGGCAAUGCCCAGUACACCUACAACAACUGGUCCCCACCAGCCCAGUCUAACGAGACUUCUAACGGGUAUUUCCUGGAGAGGUCUCACAGUGCCAGGGUGACUUUGUCUAAAGCCUAUGAACUUUGUCCGGAGGAAGAGCCAGAUGAUGCCGAGCUCUCAGAUGAACAGGAAACCCCCCAUCCUGAUGAAAACCCGCCUGGCUAUCAAGCCCGCCAAUCCCCACAACAGGGGACUUCCACCAAACCAGAGGGGGGAACCACCAGUCAGCAGCCCAAACAGGAGGGCUCCACCAACCAGCAGUUCCAGAACAACCACGUGAACUCUACCCACAAUGCACAGCAAGUUCAGGCCCCCAUAGUACCACAUGAUCAGAUUGUCAAUCAGCUAAACAACCAAAACAACUCUCAGACUGGGGAAAAUCCGGACACCGGCGAGGAGGAAAAGAAAAAGACAAAUAAAGAGUGAAGGACCACCCUCUCACAUCCCCACCCACCCAACACUCCAGACUGAAGAGGGGUGGGUGUGAGUAGUUGUCAUAACAAAUUUUGCACUGGACAUGUACCAAAUUUUCUAUAUGUGUGAUUCUGAUCAUUCUGUAUGUUUUACAAUUUAUUUUAUGAUGAAAUUCCAAAAUUGAAUGACUGUAUAGUUUAAAAAAUCUUAUUUGAACUCUUUGUUUGAUUAACAAUGUUAUUUACUCUGGCAUCACUGCCAACUAAGAGGCUAACCAUUUUAGAUUUUUUUUUUUUUUUGCAUGUAGUUUCCAACAACAAAGCUGCAUUUAUCACAAUUCAGAUGUAGAAUUGCAUUUACAUUUUUUCUGUACAUUCAUAUUCUGUCAAUUUCUGAGCCAAACCAUACUGAAACAAUAACUGAAAUCCUUGGUCAACACUCGGCUUACGAAUAUCGUGGAGAUGUUUAGAAAUCCAAUAUGCUUUUGUACUUGGCUGCAUUCUGAUGGAAUGAAUUUGUCGAAGUGCAUUCAUGUACAUCAUUCAGCAUGGUAUAAAGCAAGAAAAGAAAACAUAUACCCGGUAUGUAAAUUGUGUUUAACAGAUGUUGACGUAGAUAUAAAUUUGAAUUAAUGACUUAUGGACAAAAAGAGAUCUGUUUAUGAUUUAAAUAUUAAGCACAGCUAACAAAAAAUAAGGUUUUAUAUAAAGAGAUUUGAAAAGUCUGAAAUAUGUGAAGAGAAUAGAACAACCCUAUUCUAAGAAAAGUUGUCAUCCUCUGUAAUUAGUUAUGAAAUGUCACAAACAUUUUGAUGCAUGUUUUUAACUCUCUAAUGUUAAAGAAUUCAGUUGUAGAGAUCUGAAUAGGUAUAUACAAAGGGACUUCCGAUGGAAGCGUUGCGUGUGUGCAGCGAAAUUUGCCGAUUUUUUAUUGGCCAGAGGUUAUAAUAUUUAUUGAUUGCUCUGGUGAGUGAUGUUGAAUGUCAUGGAAACUUGAUACUGUACAUAGGAAAAAAAGGAUAAUUAACAACAAAUUGUUGCAAUUGUGAUAUUUUGUACAUAAACUGAGAUGUAGGCUUUCAUCAGUGCUCGUGUCCUGUGGUAUGGCUGUAUAGAGAGAGCUCAUUGUGUUGACAUUUUAUUGCUUUCUGCCUUCUGUCCAUUUGUUUUAAGUGAUGCACUCUUUACACAAUGCCAUUCUUGUCACAUGAGUGUACUGUGGUCAUACAUGUGUAUCUAGAGACAUGUAUUUUGAGUGAAUUGUACUUGUAUGUUGAUAGUUAUUUUUGAAUGAGUAUUGGAUUUAGUGGAUAUAUCAUUUAAGAAGUAUUUAUACAUUACGUAUAGUGCUAACAUCAUAUACUGACCCAUUGGUCAGAGGAGAAGACACUUUUCACAUUAAUUGUUAUGAAUCAAUUGUUUUGUUUUUUUUCCUUUGUCAUUCCUGUAAAUAAGUCUGUACAUAAACCACUUGUUUAUUAUAUCAGCUCUGUGUGAACAGUGUAUGCUAUACAUGCCCCUUGACAUGUUCUUCGUUGAGUCUUCUGUCAGAUUAUCACUGGAUACAUGAAACAAUCACAGUCUCUCUGAAGUCUGUAAUCUUUAUAAAAGUCUUAAACUGGGGGCCUUUAUAAUUUUGUAUUUUUUUUACUUGUUUAUGCAGGCCCAUUCUAACGUUAAUGUUUAACCAUAGCGUGCCAUAGUGAAGUGGUACUAGUUUGUAUACAUGUGACAUGUGUUCACUCUGGACGAAAGUCGCAGUUUUAUCACUAUUUCAAAGAAGAACAUGUUGAUAAUUAUUUAGAUAUUUAAUUUGUAGCUGUUGCUUAAAUUAUUUUUAAUGUGGAUACAAUACAUGUGUUGAUGUCUUGGAUGUUUGUUUAAACAAAUUCAUCAUAAAACUGUUCAUAUAAGACUG